AUGUUGAAAAGAAUCAUCGUUGAAGAACAUCAAAAUCCGGAAAAAUCAUCGGUUGCGUUUGACGGACGAAAUAAAUCUAAGGAAUUUUUUCGAGGUUACGUGGUUAAUCAAGUUUCACCUAGCAUUCAUAUUUUUACAAAUUCAGUGAAUUAUCCCAACGGCUUACAAUUUACAGUUAUUCCAAAUAACGAAAAGGAGAAUUUCAUGCAGUUGCAUUCAAAUUCAACAAGAAAUGUUGAGCGAAUAGACACAAAAAUGUACUCAUCGUUUUGUAUGCACCCUCUAAGUCAUCGAUCAAAUCAUGCCACAAAACCAGGGGACGAAGGAGGGAUUCCACCGAGACCGUUAUCCUCAUCACAACCUCAUUCUUUGCGCAUAGAUAGUUCAGAUGAAACGUGUGAUCACAGUUGUUGUGCUAUCGAUGUUCUGUCAGCCAAAAUGGAAAACUUACCUGCAUUUGUUCCUCGCACACCUCAGAGGAGUGAGUCGUCAGGGGACGAUCUGGUAACUACAGCAGAAGUUACUUCAUCAGUUAUACCUCAACCAGUACUAGCUUCAUGUGACACAUCGAAAACUUUUAUAUUCAAAAAUAUUACUCCAUACAUGCGACAAACAACGACAAAACCACUUGCUGAGCUAGUACAGCCAACGGUACCACAACCAACUUCUAUAAUAGCAAAUUCAGUACCUUCUGCUCAAAAUUUACCUCUUCCGCAUCGCAGUUUUUCACUUCCAUCCACUGAUACUAUUAGCAGUAUGCCACCACAAUCCACACAGUGCUCGUAUUAUGACAAUUCAGCAGAUAUUAUUUCAUGCAAAGAUUCUUUGGUAGCAAAAGAACAUCAUUACUGUGAAAACACUCCAAGAAGAUUGAGACUUAAGACAACUGAUGGACCAGCUUAUGGACUGCGUACUUCUUAUGGAAGACCAGGCUGGCAUGAUAAUUCUAGACAGUCAGCACUGCCGUAUCCGAAUUCUGGAACUUCACGAUUUUAUACAAGACCAGCACCUUCUCUUCCUCUCUUACCGCUCGGUCAAACUCAAAGUUAUUGUCGUAAUGGUUCCCGACAUGCUACGCUAAAUAAUUUUACUAAUCAACAGUGGUCAGUUUAUGUGGACUAA